AUGGCGGCGAGUUCUAGAGGCUUCUCAACGACGCAGUUCGAUUUCAAGCUCAGAGCAACGCGGCUCAAUGUUGCUCUGUUACCGAACAAUUACUUCCCGGAGUUAUGCCGGAGAAAACGGAGAAAGGUGUUUUCCGAUGCCGAACGAGUUCGACUCGGUAAUCUCGAUUUCCGAUGCUGUUGUUCUGAUUCGGUUGCUCCGAUUCGUAGAACGAGUGGAGGUGAUAAAAUUGAGGAACGGAGAUUCGAUCCGAAGAAAAACCCUCAAAUUCAUAGAGUUAGGACUCGAGCUACUCCAGCUGCAAUGCCGUUCGCUUCUCCACCGUCCCUUUUGAAGCAGGAAAAGUUCUCUCCUCGUUGCACCCCGAGAAAUUCUGGUCCACAGUCACGAGACACCCCGCCCAAAAGAGACACUGGUAUAGCAAAUGAGAAGGACUGGGGUAUCAGCCUGUUAAAUGAAAAUGUUAAGGAGUCCGGCACUAACGAAGAUGGGAGUACCUGGUACAGAGAAAAUGGGGAAGAGCUGGGUGAAAAUGGAUAUAGAUGUAGAUGGACAAGAAUGGGUGGUCAAUCCCAUGAUAGUUCAUCAGAAUGGAAAGAAACGUGGUGGGAGAAGAGCGACUGGACUGGAUAUAAGGAGCUAGGUGUAGAGAAAUCUGGCAGAAAUUCUGAGGGAGAUUCUUGGUGGGAAACAUGGCAAGAAAAUCUUCAUCAAGAUGAAUGGAGUAACAUAGCAAAAAUAGAGAGGAGUGCACAAAAACAAGCAAAAUCAGGAACUGAAAAUGCUGGGUGGUAUGAGAAAUGGUGGGAAAAAUAUGAUGCUAAAGGUUGGACUGAAAAGGGGGCACAUAAGUAUGGUAGACUGAAUGAACAAUCGUGGUGGGAAAAGUGGGGAGAGCAUUAUGAUGGAAGAGGAUCUGUUCUCAAAUGGACAGAUAAAUGGGCUGAAACUGAACUUGGAACAAAAUGGGGAGACAAGUGGGAGGAGCGGUUCUUUAAAGGCAUAGGUUCGCGUCAUGGGGAAACAUGGCAUGUAUCUCCAAGCAGUGAACGUUGGUCAAGAACUUGGGGAGAAGAGCACUUUGGAAAUGGGAAAGUCCAUAAGUAUGGAAACAGCACAACCGGUGAGAGCUGGGACAUAGUUGUAGAUGAAGAAACUUAUUAUGAGGCUGAACCUCAUUAUGGAUGGGCGGAUGUCGUGGGUGAUUCAAGCCAACUCCUUUCGAUUGAGCCCCUGGAGAGACCACCUGGUGUCUUCCCUAGUUUAGACUUCGGUUCACCUCCAUUGUCCCAAACAGAUGAUCCACCAGAUGAUUUUCCCUCGUCGCAGUGA